AAUGUCAUAAAACUAAGGUGGAUAAAAUAUUAAUAGCCAGCGAUCAUAGCCGUCAGGAAAUCAAGAUUAAUAACAACAAGGAGCUUAGAAUGAUAAUUAAGAGUAAGUUCAAUAAGAAGCCUCUAAGAUGUUAGAUCAUAUAACAAAGGAAAAAGAGGAUCAACUGUCACCAAUAGAUUUUGUAAGUCAUUAUAUAAAUAUGAGUUAUUAUACAAAGUCAAAGAAGAUUUUAAAGAUACUCUUAGAGAAUCAAUAUAAGACUUUCUGGAAAAAUACUAAAAUGACCACUAAUCUAAUCUCAUAAAUAUGAGGACACAUUAUUGUUUCUGCAUGUGCAAAGCUCCUUUCGAAAUAAAUGAUUUUAAAAAGUCUACAGGUAUAGAUUAAUCCGGUGUAAUAAAAAGGUUUUAUGGAAAUAUUUACUUUAAUGAUUAAGCUUCAAAUUUUAUUAUAUACUAAGUGGUUAAUAUUGAAAAUAUUAAACAAUAUUUUAAUGAAGAUUAGUAUUAGCUAAAGUUAAUUGAAAAAUAUAAUAAAAAUUAUAACACCAGUCACUAUGAAAAGAAUUACUAAGAUUUUAAUAGUGGGUAUUUUUAUGGUAAGAGAUGUGGGCUUGGUUGUGAGGUUACAUCUGAAAAACAAAAUUUAAAUCGCAAGUUAUAUAUAGGUGAAUUCUUUAAUAAUAAAUAUCAUGGUAAAGGAACUUUGAAGGACCUUCCUAUGGACAAUUAAGAAGAUUAAACUGAUUAAUUUUUUGCAGGAGAAAAAGAAAAAGAAAUAUUUAAGUUUUUAUAUAAUCCUGAAAUAGAAAAAAAUAAAGAUAUAAAACCUAAAGUUAUAAAAGAAGAUCAAGAUCUUGGAGGUAAAAAUGGAAAAGGUACUUAUCAUGGGGAAGUGAACGAAUAGAAUUAGAAAAAUGGAUGGGGUGUAUUUGAAUUCAAAAAUAGAAAUAAAUACAAAGGAUAGUGGAAAGACGAUAAAAUGCAUGGAACUGGACAUUUUACUUGGGCAAAUGGAGAAGAAUACUUAGGAGAAUACUACAAUGAUAAGAAACAUGGAUUUGGUCGAUAUACAUAUUAAAAUAAAAAAGAAUAUCUUGGAUAAUUUUAUUAAGGUAGAUAACAUGGGCUGGCGUUAAUGAAAAAUAGUCAAAGUUUCAAUUUAUAAACUGAAUGGAAUUAUGGAUAAUUUUUGGUCUGAAUUCAUAUUUUUAAUAAUUUAGU